AUGACCACACCACACCGUAGAAAGACAAUACCGGAAUCCACCACUUCCUUACUCCAGCCCCACCAUGACCAUCCCGUAUUAUAUUCAGACCACCAAAUUGUCGAGAGUGCGGGGAGCGCCCCUGCCGCACCCGAUAUUCCCGACGUCGUUAUUGUUGGGAAACAUCAAAAUCCAGACCAAGCACUCACGGGCGACGAAUCCGUCGUAGAAUCCGUCACAAAUACCGCAACCGAAGAAGAAUCCUCAUCCGCAAAGAAAAAGAAAAAGAAACAACCUAAAAAACCACAAAAGACACGUGUCGUAAUGCUGUCGUACAAACAAAGAGAGAAAUUCGACAAUAAUAAUGUCAAUACGUCGAAAUAUAGCAUUUUCACCUUCCUCCCAUAUUUCCUGUAUGAACAGUUUCGCCGGGCGUCCAACAUAUUCUUUUUAGCUAUGGCACUUCUUCAGCAAAUUGACGAUGUGUCCCCAACAGGACGCUACACAACCGCAAUGCCACUUGCCGUCAUAGUCAUGGUCUCUGCGAUAAAGGAGAUCAUCGAGGAUGUGAAGCGUCACAAAGCGGACGAUAACACGAAUAAUCAGAUAGUCGAAGUCCUAAAAGGGGACAAUUUUGAGCCAACAAAGUGGAAAGAUGUUGUAGUUGGGGAUUUAGUCCGGUUGGAAAAUGAAGCUUUCGUCCCCGCAGAUUUGGUUGUCUUUUCAACGAGUGAAGCUCUCGGAAUGUGCUAUAUUGAAACAGCUAAUUUGGAUGGAGAAACGAAUCUCAAACUGAGACAAGCUCUCCCAAAAACAGCAACAAUUCAGGAGGCCCAAGAUUUCCUAAAUGUCAAGGGAUAUAUCGAGUGUGGGGUUCCAAACAGAAUGAUUUACGACUUCGCUGGUAGCCUUCACCUCGAAUCGGAAAAAGAUAUCCUUUCCCUCGGUCCGGACCAGUUAGUCCUUCGUGGAGCAAAACUCCGCAACACGAAGUGGAUCAUUGGUCAAGCCAUUUACACUGGACAUGAUACAAAACUCAUGAAAAACUCGACCAAAGCCCCCCUCAAGAGAUCCACCCUAGAUAAGGCGACCAACGUCCAAAUCGCCCUCCUCUUUGUCGCCCUUAUCAUAAUCUCGGCCAUAUCCGCCAUAUUCUUUACCGAAUUCCCACCGCCUGACUACAUAGGGGCCAAAGAGCUGACUGAAAUGCAAGAGUUUCUCCAAUUCUUGACCUUCCUCCUUCUUUACAACAACCUCAUCCCCAUCUCCCUCUCCGUCACCUUAGAAUGUGUCCGCUACAUGCAGGCCCUCUUCAUCAACUGGGACGCCGAUCUGUACCAUGUCGAAUCUAAUACGGCUGCACAGGCGAGGACUUCUAACUUAAAUGAGGAGCUGGGUCAAAUUCGCUAUAUUUUCUCCGACAAGACGGGAACGCUGACUCGAAACGUGAUGGAAUUUAAGGGAUGCACCGUGGGAGGAGUCCUUUAUCCGUACGAAGACCUCUUUCCCAAUUCGGCCAAGGGGAGCGUAAUGCUUGACACUGUGGAAGCAAAUCCGCUUAUUCAAUCCAUCAAGAAGGGAAAUGUGGCAGCAGAAGAAUUCCUCGUCGCGUUGGCGGUAUGUCAUUACGUCAUUCCGGAAGUGAAGAAGGGGGCCGAUGGUGUAGAACAGACCGUGUACAAUGCAGCGUCCCCGGACGAAAAGGCAUUGGUAGAAGGGGCGCAGAGGUUCGGUUACAUGUUCGUGUCAAGAUCUCCAUCCACGGUUGAAAUCUCUGUCCAAGGGAAGUCGAGAUACUACCAGGUCCUAAAUCUGAUAGAGUUUACCUCAACCCGAAAACGGAUGACGGUCAUCUUACGCUGUCCAGACGGGAAGAUUAGGUUAUACUGCAAAGGACUGAAAUAUUUAUUUAAUAGUUAUGUAUUUUGUCUUAUCUUAGGAGCCGACUCCGUCAUCCUCGAGACAAUUGCCACAAAGUCACAAACGGAGGAAGAAGAUCUCCAAACAACAAAAGAACAUUUAGACUUUUUUGCAGCGUCUGGUCUAAGAACGUUAUGCGUCGGAAUUAAAAUUUUAAGUGAGGAGGAACACAAGAAAUGGGAUGUUGACUUUCAAGUCGCCGUGAAUUCUGUUAUCGAUCGGGACGAGGAAGUCAACAAGGCGGCCGAGUUAAUCGAGAACAACCUCACUUUGGUGGGUUCCACGGCCAUCGAGGAUAAAUUACAAGACCUCGUACCAGACACGAUCGCCUCCUUCCUGGAGGCCGGAAUCUCGGUUUGGGUCCUUACGGGAGAUAAGCAGGAAACGGCGAUCAAUAUUGGAAACUCUUGUCGUCUAAUUACCCCCUCCAUGACAGUUUUUAUCAUAAACCAGAACAAUGAAGAGGAUACAUUGGAAUGUAUUCAGGCCUUUGCGAAUGAGCUCCAGAUAGAUCUCGAGGCGAUGAAUGGACAAGGGAAGAAAGCGUAUCGAAAUAUUAUUCCUCACAAUGCGGCAGUUGUGAUUGAUGGUCACACCUUAUCUUUUGCGUUAGAGGAUCGCGUGCGACACAGCUUUUUGUCAUUAUGUUGCAGUUGUUUGGCUGUAAUUGUGUGUCGAGCAGCGCCUAUGCAGAAGGCGGAAAUUGUCGAGUAUGUCACAAAGUUGACAGGAGCUGUUACCCUUGCCAUCGGUGAUGGAGCCAAUGAUGUCGCGAUGAUCCAAAAGGCUCACGUCGGUGUUGGCAUCUCUGGAAACGAAGGCCUCCAAGCAGCCUGCGCCAGUGACUAUGCCAUCGCCCAAUUCUACUACUUGAAGAAACUACUCUUCGUUCAUGGGGCAUGGAACCACGACAGGAUCACGAAAGCGAUAUUCUACAGUUUCUACAAGAACAUUUGCCUCUACAUCAUCGAGCUGUGGUUUGCCAUCUACUCAGCCUGGUCGGGACAAAUCCUCUUUGAUCGAUGGGCCAUCACGACGUACAACCUCAUUUUCGUCUGCAUGCAGCCCCUCGUGAUUGGCAUUUUUGAGCAAAACUGUUCCAUGGAAAACCGAAUGCUGUACCCUCUCCUUUACCACGCCACGAGCCAUGGGGCCUUUUCUGUUAAGAACUUUUCCAUCUGGAUGAUGUGUGCCAUGCUUCAUUCUAUCUGCCUAUUUUGGAUCACGAAAGAGUAUUUUGCAGACUCCUCUGUCUGGGAGAAUGGCAAAGAGGGGAGUUACCUUAUUUUGGGGAACAGCAUUUACACCUAUGUUGUCAUUGUGGUUAGUUUGAAGUUGGGCUUGGCGACGAGGGCGUGGACCAAAUUUACGCAUAUUUCUAUCUGGGGCUCUAUCCUGCUCUGGUUCAUAUUCCUUGUGGCGUAUAGCUUCAUGUGGCCAAUUACAAUCGACAUUGGCAUAGGCAAUGAAAUGUAUGACAUUGUGGAACAGUUGUUUAUCUCUCCAAUGUUUUGGCUCUGCCUCUUCUUCAUCCCGGCAGUGACACUGAUACCGGACUUGAUUUACUCGUCCGUCAUGGGGUCGAUAUUUGGUGCCAUGGGCCCGGAUGUUCUGAAUAUAGAAGAAGAAGAACGACAAUCUCCAUUACCUGCUGAUGGUACUAUUGAAGAUUCAACAAAGUUGGAAACGGUUCCCCCACCCAGCGAAACAGUAACGACGGCUCCCUCAAAAGCAUCGCAUGUAUCGGCCACUGUUAAAAAAAUCAGGUUCCGGUUCUCCUGA